AUGGGCUUGCAAGAUAUCGAAGCGCGGGCUAACAGGGCCCUCGGUGUGGUUGAUGAUGACGCCAAAGGAGAUCGAAAGCCAUCACACGACGCUUUUGCACGUACAGACGAAGAGGCCUCCUUCGACCUGGCAGCCAAGUUCCUCCGGAUGGACCGCGCAACCCGCCGCGCAAUCGCUUUGCAAUACCAACCAGACGAGUCUUCUCUACAUACGUCUCCGGACGACCUUUCGCCCGUCACGAUCGAUGAAGGGAGGCGCACAUGUUCGACCAAGCUUGAGGCUCAACCAACCUUACCAUUCCGCAGCAAGGAGUCAGACUCCAGUCUGAAAUCAAGGAAGCACUGCCGGAGUAGUCCAUCCAUCGACAGCCUCGAAAGCCGUUCCGAAUCGACCAAGGAGACUGCUCGCGAACGCAUCUCGGGCGACUCUGGCUACGGCUCAGAUUACCGUCGAAGGCGUAUCCAGUCCGAGUACCUCCGUGGUGCCGAUGGAAGCAUCCAGAGACGAGAGGCAACAGCCGGAGCUGGUUCUACGGGAACCACGGCCAAUCCACAGUCACAGCAAAGUCAACCGCAUCGUAUCCCUGCCCGUGUUGAGUACGAUGAUUCCGAUAUCGAGGAAUCGUUUCCUGAGUCACGCCAUUCCACCGCCUCGUUCCGCAGAAAUGCCUUGUCUGCCAACCCUGUCGGCGGGAAGAGUACUGGUGCGUACGGGCAAGCUACUCCGAGACGCUCAAAGCCAUACGAACAAUCACGUCAAGCAAAGGGCCUUCGAAGAGUCAGGGGCAGCACAGCCCUGAGGCCAGAGAACCCAACCAACUCGUCACCAACUCAAAAAUCCAACCAUCAGAUUCCAGGCCGCCCUUUUCUCGAAACACUGGACGAUGUCAGGUUAUCGGAAACGGGUGAUCAACCCAUGCUUGAGACAGACACCACAGGCAUCCAGAAUACCCUCCUGUCGAUGUCAAGGAUGAAGCCUCGACCAAGAUCCGAAGUUACACCUCUGUCUAUCCCUUGGUCAGUAGCUUCAUCGCGCCCACGCUCCGAAAUGUUUCUUUGCAUCACAGAAUGCUCGGGAUCGACUGGUGAUAGCGACGGAAACUCCUCUAUCGAGUCCAGCGUCUUCUCUAUUCCGGAGUCCCCCAUCGAGGAGCACCACAUCCACCCGGACGACCCCUUUCAGCACCGUUUAGAUGACGCGAUCACUGCCGUCACUCGGCAUUACCGUGCGUGGCAAGUUCAGCAAAGGGGUAGUUCAGCUGGCGAGAAGGGCACCAAGCGAGCGGAUGUUUCAACCCCCGACUCUUCUAACCACGCAAGAAAGCGUCCCCACACUGGCAAGCAAGAUCGAACACGUUCAGGUGAGGAUGAUGAUGCUGGGCCAGGCUAUAAACGCGCCAAGUUCCCAAAUUCAUCCUCUGCUUCGGGGAGACAGCUUGCCUGUCCUUUUUGGAAGAAAGAUCGCGAGAAUCAUCGCCAAUGCCACAAGAAGGUUCUCAGCAAAAUCAAAUAUGUCAAGCAGCACCUCUAUCAAGUCCAUGAGGCGCCCAUAACGUCAGCCUGCUGCGGUGCCGUAUUCGAGACCGAAGACGCGCACGACCAACAUGUCCGCGCCCGGCAGUGCCAGAUCAUCCCGGGAGGCGUACAAAGGCAGGGGCUGACCCGCGCUCAAAUUCAGGAGAUUCACCGUCGUGCAGAUCCAAGAAAGACCGAGGCGGAAAAGUGGUUUGCCAUAUGGGAUAUUUGUUUCCCUGGCCACCCUCAUCCGACAUCAGCAUACAUCGACAACGAUCUCUCCGAAGAUCUUCGCAGCUUCCGUGAGUACUUCACGAGCCAAGGCGCCUACAUCAUAUCGGACUUUCUUCACGGCAGCCCAUCCGACAGGCGCGUCGAAAACGAACAGGUCGUGCUUUCUUCGGCGUUGGAAAGGAUAUAUGAUGACUGGGCUGCGGCAAGGGGGCUGCGAGCCAUUCCGAGUUUGCCGACUCCGCCAAGAACGGAGCCUUCCAAUCCCACAGACUCGGACGGUGGAAGUCAUGUCUCUCUACCAGUAAGAGCGGUAAUGCAUGAAGUCUUGCACCGUGAGAGUCCUGCAGAUGAACGUCUGCAAGGAUAUGGACAGACCGCACACAUGGUUGACCCAGUUCUAUCCGUUCCGACGAGCAGCUUACAGCUUCAGGAUCUUGGGUUUGAUGGCCCGGGAUUUCUGCAGCAAGACCCCCUUUAUAACGACCUUGCAGGUCUCGAGGGGGUCGACAACAUAUACGCAGAUGCUCGAGACUGGGAUCAACGGUUGCAUGGGCAUGGACCGCCAUAUACGAGGUAA